CCUCCUCCUCCUCCUCCUCCAUCCUCGCCGCCUCUCCUCUCCUCUCCCUCUCAGAGUCCCAUUGAUUGCAUAUGCAGAUGAUGGUGGCUGGACGAACAUGUCUCACCGUUAGCCCUAGGCUUUCCAUCUCCGUCCUCAUUCUUGUGCUGCUGCUCCUUCUAUUCCUUCCUUCCGCUUCGCAUGGAACUUCAUGGAGGGCAGGAGAGAACGCAAACACGGCUCCUUAUUCUUCCGAGAUCACAGAAGGGAACAGAAACACGAAGAUGGCAAGAGAUCUGGUCGUCGGAGGCUAUUCAUCGGCGCUCGUCGACGUCGAAGGCUCUGCAAGACAAGUCCCCACAGGGCCCGACCCUCUCCAUCAUCGCCGCAAGCCCGUUUCUCCUUGAACCGUCAAGAACCCACAAAAGACUGACCUUUUGCCGCAGAUGGUCAGAAUAGCAAGCUCAGCUAGCUGGCUAACUCUGAUGAACUAAUCCUCAUCACCCCCCAUUUCCUUUCCUUUCCUUUUCUUUUCUCUUUGGGUCCUCUCUCCUGUGGUCUGUGGA